AUGAAGUCCUUCACCAUCAUUGCCUCCAUCCUCAUCGCCGCCGUCUCGGCCGCCCCUGCCCCGGUGGACAUUGAAGCCCGGGUGAACAGCGUCACCGUUUCCCUCGCCAACGACCAGAGCGGAGCCAACGCCGGCGUGCCCAUCCCCGCCGACGGCGUCACCCGCAGCAUCCCGACCCUUUACGGCGGCACCUCGGUCGGCUCCAGCGGCAAGGUCCUGGCCUCGUCGGCCCAGCUGACCAACUUCGCGCAGUGGUCGAGCUGCAACAUCGUCAACGGCGGCAAGAGCAUCGCCUACCUCAACUCCCAGGCCACCUUUGCCGAUCUUGAUGGCAACCCGAACGCCGCCACUCCUGUGGACUUGAGCGGCGCCACCAUCACUUGCUGGGCUUGA